GGUCCCUACAACAUUUUGCUUCUUCUUAACCCAAAAAAAAAAGAAGCUAUUUUGUUCAAUUAUACAAAAAAUUUAUUAUUGAUUCAACAAUAUUUCUCUCAAAUCAUUUGAAAAAAUGUUUUUACCCAGUCCAUCGAGUUCACCAUUACUAAGAUCAAACAACAAUGACGGAUUUUUUCUCUUUCGAUCAACUAAUCGUUACAGUCUUCGUGAAACGAUUAGGUUUAUGCGAAGAGCUAGCAAUCGAAGGGCAUUAAUGAUGCAUGAACCGUCUGAGCAAAUUGAUGAUCGGCAGAGUAAUUGGGCUUAUUCAAAACCUGUUGUGGUUAUCGAUCUAUUGUGGAAUUUCAUGUACAUAAUUGCUGCUAUGGUGGUUUUGGUGUUGAGUAAAAAUGAAAACCCGGAAAUGCCUUUAGGGGUUUGGAUUAUUGGGUAUUCUUUGCUUUGUAUGGUUCAUGUUGUUAGUGUUUAUUUGGAGUUUCGGAGAAGAGGGUAUGGGCAAUCGCUGUUCACCGGAGAGGGGGUUUUGAGGCCUACUGUAGAUUCGAGUUAUAUUACUUUGGCUGAUUUAACCCCGGAUAGAACAAGUUAUGUGACAAAGUUAAUGGAUUCUGCAAAUACAAUGAUAUCAUUAUUCUGGUGGAUCAUUGGAUUUUAUUGGGUAUGUACUGGUGGGCAGCGAAUGGUGGAUGAAUCCCCUCAAUUGUACUGGCUUUGCAUUGUUUUCUUGGCUUUUGAUGUAUUCUUUGUGAUCUUCUUAUUUGUGCUGGCUUGUGCUAUUGGUCUCGGAAUUUGCUGUUGCUUUCCAUGUAUUAUUGCUGUUCUAUACAUUGUAGCUGAUAAGAAAGGAGCAGCCAUAGAAGAUGUUGAAAAACUGUCAAAGUACAUAUUCCAACGCAAUGAUUGUACUGAGAAGAAAUGUACUAGUGAGAACCAAGGAACAUUUGCUGGAUUCAUGACCCUGUGUGGGGGAGAUGCACCAACAGAUGAACACAGAGUUUCCGUACAUGAUUCUGAAUGUUCCAUAUGUCUGUCUACUUACGAUGAUGGAGAUGAACUUCGAGAACUUCCCUGUGGUCACCUUUUUCACUGUCCUUGUAUUGACAAAUGGCUAUAUAUGAGCGCGACCUGCCCUCUUUGCAAACGCAACAUCUUUGGGGCUAGCAGUUGCUGUGGAGGAGUUUAGGAGAGUGUCAUCGACAAGACUGCAGGUGUUCGUUGCAAGUUUCUACAUUGUGGCUAUGUACAUACAACUCUUUAUAGCAUAUGUUUAGACACACAUGCUUCUGCGGAUAAAUACACAUAUAUUUCUCUAGGCUUCUUUCAUUUGUCUCACUGGAUUCAUAUUUAUAUUUAUUCUUUUAUUCUAUUUGUUGUAAUAAGGAUCUAAGAUUUUUUUUAUCUUCCAGUGUAGCAAGAAAAGCCAGAUAUUGUGUAUUUAAUAAAGUGGUAUAAUGUGUAUAAAUCUAGUGCACA